UUUAUAACUUUGGGCCAUUUAUCAAUUUGGGGAUGGCUGUUUUUCUUACAAACACAGCAAAGAUCUCUAUAUGUUUGACAUUUGAGUGUAUAAAAAUGUCUUCCCAAUUUUCUGCUUUCCUUCUAAUCUUGACAGAAUUUAUUUUAUUUCUACCAAAUCUUUUCAAAUUAAUGCACUCAAAAUUACCCCCAUUUCACAUUUCACAAUGCUCUCUGCUCAGUCUACCAAUUCCCACUAUGAAUUGUGCUACAGGGAUACAAUGUCCAGAGGCACCCCCAAACAAUCAUUUCUUUUCUUUAAGGACCACCCCAUCCCCAGAACUACUGAAGCUUCUUCAAGAGAGUCUAUGGACACUAACUUUCUCCCACAUCAUUCCACAUCAGUUGAGUCUAAUGGUAUGCUAGACUCUGAUCCUUCCUCAGACAUCAGCCCAAAAGGGAUCUCUUUUUUCUUUCCCCCAUGGGCACCCCUAGUGAAGCCACAACUUCAGGGUGGGAACCUAUCACUACCAGAUAUCCUGAAACUAGUCCAUUCAACUGCUUCCACAAAAAGAUCUCUUCUUCAGGGAAAGGCAUUAGCUGAACAUUUACUAUUUUCAUCUGACUCAGUCUCUAUGAGCAAUGUUCCCAUUUCAAAGACAUCACAUUCAGUUGAUUCUGACAUCACAAUGAAGGCCCCUAUAAAAAGAUUUACUCAGCUCAGUUGGGCUACCUUGGACUAAGGUCCCCAUCAACCCUUACCUUUUUCAUUUUCUCCCCUGAACGAUGGGUGCAAUGUGCACCCAUAUGCAUAGGAAAAAGAAAAAAGCAGAGUUAAACAGAAGACUAGCUUCUGGAAGAAAAAAAUUUGACACAUCUUUGCCUGAUGGUACCAUCGCCCCAUCAGAUGACUCCUCGGUGUCCACAAUGACUGCCAACAAUACUUCAGGUUAUAAACAUCAAAUGAGCUUCCCUUGCUUCACAAACAUAUCAUGGAGCUCUUGCUACAAAACCUUCAAACUCAGCUUCACUAUUACCAACAUGUUUUACACAACAAAGAUGAAUCAAAAGGACUCCAGAACAUUCAAGGCUGCUGAGCAUAUCCUACAAAUCUUGCUCAAGGUAUUGUUUGGAAGCAGCAAGCUUGGCUCUCAAUAUUGUGGAUGCAGUGGCCUUUCACUGAGGUCUCUGAAGAACAGCAUAGCAACUGGAGUAGAUAUACUCUGCACUUUCAAGAAGGACUCCUCCAACCUUGUCCUGGACAAAAAGGUGGUUUCCUGGGAGCUGACUGAACAGCUCUGUAGAAGAGAGCUAAAACACCUGGUUAUAGACAAUGAUAGCCUCAUUGUGAAUGGGUAUCAACAUAAGCUGCCAGGAAUCAGAUCCACAAAGAGAAGUGAGGUUGGUGUAGGACCUGUCACCCAUAUCCCAGACCAUGGAGAACCAGGAAAAAUCAUGACAUCACUGACUAGUGGCCUCCUGAUCCGUGAAUCCCCUGUAUAUGCUAUAGAGAGUGACAUUGGUGUAGGGCCCUUCACCCAUAUCCCAGAACAUGGAGCACCAGGAGACAUGACAUCAGUGACCAGUGAAUCUACUGUAUGUGCCAUGGGAUUCUCUACUGAGACUUCAGGGACACUGAAGAAUGUGAGUGGAUCUGACCAGGGAAGAGAACCAACGAACUCCACCAGUAUCCCUAUGACUGACUUUAUCGGGAGAGAUUCCAUUGCUUACACUGAAACGGACAUACGUGUCAUGGAGACAACUCCAAGAGCCACAGCCACUCAAGACCCACUUCUCACUGUGCCCACUGGAGCAGGUGACCUCAUCCCUGGGAUGCACAGGAGAACUGUGUCCUCUCCCACCGAAACCUCAGUUCCAUCUGAGAUAUCCUCUGGAGUCACCAUUGCCAUUGCAAGGACCUCACUCUCCAUGACUCCAGUAGAAAUCACAGCUAGCCCCAGCUCCAGUGCUCCCUUAAACAUCAGCCUAAGCACAAGAACAGCUUCCCUUGAGCCUGCUACUUCGUUGGAGGACCCAGGGCCAGCCGGCCUGACUCCAGAAAUUGAGAGAAACCCACAGGCAACACCAACUCCAGCUAUCACCCUGCCUCCAGCCAGCACACAGGAAGUUUGCACAACAGCAUCUCCCAGUCCUCCUGACACAACCACAGAGGGCAGCAGUGUCCAGGCAGGGACAGCCUCUGUUUCUGAUCAGGUGCCUUCCACUUCCAGCCUCUUCCCAAGAGGUGAUGCUGGUGUGGUGCCAGACACACAUGCCCAAGGCCAUGAUGCACCAGGAAGCACAGUAGCACCAAUAAGGAGCUCCCUCACCCCUGUGUCUACUAUUAUUCCCACAGGUCCAAAUAUUGUUCCCCCUUUCCUUCGGUCCCCCUCUUGGAGAGAUGCAGCAGGGAGAUACAACUGGAAGAGCUUCAUCCUUAACUUCACCAUCACCAACAUGUUUUAUACAACCAAGAUGGCUCAAAGGGAUUCCAGCACAUUCCGUCUUCCUGAAUGUUUCCUGCAGCGCAUGUUCAAGGUAUUGUUUGAAAGAAGCAGCCUUGGCUUUCAGUAUUGUGGAUGCAAUGUGAUCUUGCUGAGGUCUAUGAAAAAUGGGGCAGCAACAGGAGUGGAGGUUAUAUGUUUUUAUAAGGAAGUUUUCUCUGUCCCCGUCUUGGACAAGAAGAAGAUUUACCAAGAGCUGAGUCAAGAGACUAAUGGAAUAACAAGGCUUGGACAUUAUAUUCUAGAUAAGAAAAGCCUCUAUGUGGAUGGGUAUAACCCUCAGAUGAUGCCACCCCCCUACACAAAAGAAUCAGUCUACCACCAUGGGUCCAGAAGAUGGAGGAAAGUCUACUGAAUGAAUGGGCAUCUGUUUCAAUCCAAACGUUUUAACAGAAGAGCCUACUGUGCCCAGUGCAGUGAAAGGAUAUGGUGUCUCGGAAGGCAAGGCUACAAGUGUAUCAAGUGCAAAUUACUGGUCCAUAAAGGUUGUCAUAUUUUUGUACCACGGACCUGCAAAAGGCAUAUGGAUUUGAUGAUGCCAUCCCAAGAAACUCAAGUAGAGGAUAAAAAUGAUAAUGUUGACCUUCCCUCCGAAGAAAAUGAUGGACUCGCUUAAGUUCUCUCAACCUGGAAACACGACAGCCUUAAAGAUGAUUCUGGGGACAUUAAGCCAGUUAUCGAUGGGAUGGAUGGAAUUAAAAUAUCUCAGGGGCUCGGGCUGCAUUGCCACUAAUGGAUAAAUCCAUUACCCUCAAUUGUAUUGUA